AUGACCGACCCAAAGUACGUUUUUCGACAUGUAAAAUUGCCAACUCGAGGCGAAAAGUUAAGCUCGCCUUUCCAGAAGUUUGACACGACCGUCCCCAAGAAAACAUUUUCCAAUAAAAACCAGAAAGCCCAGGAAACUACACAAAAACUGGGUAUUACUUCUUCAGAGCUUCAAAGUGCAAAACUUUCAGCACUUCCUCCGACUUCUUACAUCGACGAAAAGUUCAAAGAAAUUUCCGCGUUAUUUGAUAUUGAAACAUCUGAAUCCACCAACUUGCCUUAUGAAACAAAAUGGCUUUUACUUCAGAAACAUGUACCUGAUGCGUCUCAGUCCAAAAUGCGUAAUGCCACAUUUGCUGUUUCUUCUCUUCGUAUAGAACCGACGCCACUGUUACUUACUGCCAUCGUCAACUUCCUAAAGACAGAGAAGUGGAUGUCCCAAUUUAUAGAGGCUGAUGGUGUUGGUGCUUUGAUUAAUGCCUUAAAGUUCUCAAUGAGUGGAAAGGAUAGGAAAAAUAGUGCAGAGAUAUCUCGAGGUGCUUUGAGUGCUUUAAGAAUCUUAGCGCCCACUUAUGCAGAUAAUUUACUUGAUCUCCGCGUCUGUGAGCAGUUAGUGAAAUGUCUGACUGAAAAUGUAGCGGAUGAUAGAAUUAAGUCUGAGAGUGUGAUGGUUCUUUGUCUUCUAUCAAACUCUAAACGAGGGACUGAAGCUCUUUUAACCGCUCUUGAUGGUGUCAAAGGAAAAGAUGGCAGAUUUAAAGUGCUAAUAGACUUGCUUGGCAAAAGUGAUGAUGGUGAGAUGAAAGCUGCAUUAGUGGGAAUGUUUUGUUAUAUUGCAAACAAUUCUGAAGACAUCUUUUCGAGGAUCUCUCGACGUGCGGAAUUAAGUUUGAGUGGGUUUGACAUCCAAUGUGACGGGUUCAAAUCUGCCGCGUCAGUUUCGAUGUCGAAGGACAGCAUUGAAAUUUUAAAUCAAGUUGGUCUUUACGACAAAUUGCGAGACGCCGAUGACAAGAAGAUGAAAGAACGAUUUGGUGAUAUCCCAAAUUUAGCGACAGAUAGAACAGAUGAGAAAUUGCGUGAUGUUUUAGUCAGUGCAAAAGCGGAUGGGAUGUAUGUCCAGAUGAUGAAAGAACUUGAGUUUUUAGUCGGGACUGAUUAUACGAAGAACAAGAAGGAUACAAUCGUUCAACAAAAGUUAUUAGUCAUCACACGACUUGUGAGACAAUUAGGUCUCUAUUCAUACAACAACGACAACAAAGUCAUAGAGUUUAAUGAACACGCAAUAGAUGUGAAUGCACUUGUUGAUGGAGCAGCUGAUUGUUUGGCAAUCAAACAAUUGUUAGAUGAAAAUGCAUCACUUCGAGCAGGUGGCGCAAAAAAGAACAAAAUCGACGAUGAGCAAAGAGAAGCUCUCAUCAAAGCCAAGUUGGACGAGUUAAAGAAGCAAUCAACCGAAUUGACACAAAAUGAUGAAAAGGUUACAAUGAGACUUAAAGAUGUCGAAGAACGAGAGAAGAAGUUGUCCCUCCUAGAAACAAACCAAAUUGCGUUAGAGUCUUUGACCAAACAACACGAUCAGUUGAAAGGACAAUUUAAUAACACUAUGGAAGUGAUGAAGAUUUUAACUAAGAACCCAAGACUCGUCGAACAUCUGAAGACAGUGAAUGGGACUUUCGCAUUUUCAGACACUGCAACACAAGUCGCCAAUAAAAGUGAUGAAGUUGUUAUUGACAAAGACGAGUUAAAUAGACUUAAGGAAGCGGUUUCUAAUUUGGCUCCAAAAGGAAUUGCGGCCCCUUCGACGGGAAAAGAUGUGUCUAAUGUAUCAGUAUCAAACAUAUCAACAGACACCAAAGUUCCAGAGACAAUUGCACCACCACCCGAACUUGCCCCACCGGGUGGUCUUGCUCCACCACCAGGACUUGAACCACCAGGAAUGUUACCGCCACCAGGACUUGAACCACCAGGAGGAAUGCUCCCACCACCAGGCUUAGCUCCACCUGGCCUCGAACCACCUGGUGGACUCAUGCCACCAGGAAUGUUACCACCACCAGGACUUGCUCCACCAGGUGGAAUGAUGCCUCCACCAGGUUUAGCGCCACCGGGAGGUAUGAUGCCGCCAGGAAUGUUACCACCGCCAGGUGGAUUGGCACCUCCAGGUAUGAUGAUGCCACCGGGAAUGAUGCCACCACCGGGAAUGGGAAUGCCAGGGAUGGGUAUGAUGGGUCGUCCUGGCUUAAAGAUCAAACUUACUUUAGACAAAAUCAAAGUUCCCGAUCAAAAGUUUAAGAUGAAGACCGUCAACUUUGCAGCCAUUCCAGACACUAAAUUGACGAAUACCAUUUUUUCGAAAAUGGAAGGAGAUACAAAGAUAUUUUCGCACUUCGACGAGAUGUCAUCACUUUUCAAAAUUAAAGAAAAGGUUAAAGUCGAGAAGCCUGUUGAUACUGGUAAGAAGAAAAUUGAGUACUUCCGUGUCUACGAUGGGAAGAAAUCGCAAGCAGUUUCAAUUACAUUGAAAUCAUUUAAAGGUGCUGAUGUCAAGAAGAUCAUUGAAUCUAUUGAAGCAUUAGACACUGGGUUUAUCAACGAUCAGACUAUGAUUGAUGGUCUUUUGAAUGCGCUUCCAACUAUUGACAAAAAGACCCCAGACAAUGAUGAGUUCUUAAAAAUAGAGAAUUUCAUCAACAAAGUUAAUCCGGCCGAUAACGACAAAAUACUUGAUGCACCAGAAGCUUUUGGGUAUGAGUUGUAUACCAAAUGUCCAAAUGCCAAAGAGAAGUUGCAAGCCAUUAAGAUCAAACUUGGCUUCCCCGAGAAGUUCAAUCAGCUCGACAACGACUUAGCCGCUAUUUUGAGCGCAACUUCUAACCUUUCAAAAUCAAAGAAGUUCCAAAAGGUCCUUGAAAUUGUGUUGAUUUUGCUGAAUUACAUCCAAAAAAUUAACAAAAAGAAACAGUCUUCUGGUUUUAAGAUGGACUUGUUGACCAAAUUACAAGACACAAAGAAUGAUGACGGAAAUAAAAACAUGGUGGACUUCCUCUGCUCUGUCAUUCACAACGAUUACAAGGACAUUUCCGACUUUUUGUCCGAGCUUGAACCAGUAGUAACUGGAAGUAAAAUUUCUUCUAAAGACGUUGACUCACGCUAUGCAGAUCUUGUUAAGUCACAAACAGAACUCGACAGUUUGUUGAAAACUUUGAACGAAAACAGUGCUAAUGGCAUUUUUGCGGGUAUAUUAGAACAAUCAACGUCUUCUAUAGCAACAGACAUGCUGCUUCUUGAGACCAAAAAGAAACAGUUUGCUGUCGACUUUCCUGAAUGUGCUGUGCUUUUUGGUGAAGACAAAACAAAGAUCCCAGAUUCAGGGGACUUUUUCAAACCAUUUGCAUCGUUUUACACGGCUUACGAAAAAGCAGAGAAAGCACUCCAAGACGAAGAAAAGGCGGCUCAAAAGAAGAAAGAGAAAGAGGAACAAGCUCUCUUGAAGGCAGCAGAAGACGAGAAAAAGAGAAAGGAGAGAGAAGAGAAGAAGAAAGAACAGGAAGCAAGUAUUGACAAGAUGCUGCCAGGCGUUUCAAAGAAAGCAGUCAAGAAAAUCAAGAAGGUCACAAAACAUGCCGCAGAAGAAGUCAAAGACGAGAAAGAAGAGAAGAAAGAAGUUGUCGUCAAAGUUAAGAAAGUCAAGAAAAGAGUUGUCAAAAAAGAGACGACAGAAUAA